AGAAAGAUAUUUUUUUCGAUCGAUCAUCCUUAGCCCGCAGGUAAGAAUCUGAUCAUGGACAAGGUGAUGAGAAUGUCGUCGGAGAAAGGAGUUGUGAUCUUCACCAAAAGCUCAUGCUGUCUCUGCUACGCCGUGCAAAUCCUUUUCCGUGACCUUAGGGUUCAACCAACCAUCCACGAGAUCGACAACGAUCCUGACUGCCGCGAGAUCGAAAAGGCCUUAGUCCGUCUUGGCUGCGCCAACGCCGUUCCUGCCGUCUUUGUAAGUGGAAAGCUAGUGGGUUCGACCAACGAUGUCAUGUCGCUUCACCUAAGUGGCUCUCUCGUUCCUUUGAUCAAGCCGUAUCAGUCAUUUCACAACUAGACAAACAAUGGAUGCUUAAACAAUAUAUAAUUAGUAUAUGUUAACUUGAUAGUGAGAAUAA